CUGGAUAAAUCCGUCAUCACCGGCAUCGCCACCGGUGACGCGGCAGCCAGGAACAAGAGCCUGAUCAAAGUGUGGUGCAAAACAGAGACCAACACGACUUUCUGGAAUGAAACGGUGAAGAACUGCACCGCUGGGGCUUUGUGCUGGGAGGAGGGAAACCUGACCUGGACCCAGAUGAACUCGUCUUGGACUGAUUACCAAGAGAAAUGCAAACACAUCUUCGCCGGCACCAACCUGCCAGACCUGGCGGUGGGCCUGAUCCUCCUGGCUCUGUCCCUGCUCACCCUCUGCACCUGCCUCAUCCUCAUCGUCAAGCUGCUCAACUCCAUGCUGAAGGGACAGGUGGCUGUGGUCAUCAAGAAGGUGCUCAACACAGACUUUCCCUUCCCCUUCGCCUGGGUGACCGGCUACAUUGCGAUGUUCGUGGGGGCGGGGAUGACCUUCAUCGUUCAGAGCAGCUCCGUCUUCACCUCGGCCAUCACUCCUCUAGUCGGUAUCGGCGUCAUUAGCCUGGAGAGAGCGUAUCCUCUGACGCUGGGUUCCAACAUUGGCACCACGACCACAGCUAUAUUAGCUGCUAUGGCUAGCCCCGGAGAGACGCUAGCCAACUCGCUGCAGAUCGCCCUCUGCCACUUCUUCUUCAACAUCAUGGGCAUCCUGCUGUGGUAUCCCAUCCCCUUCACGCGGCUGCCCAUCCGGCUGGCGCGAGGCCUCGGCAACCGCACCGCCAAGUACCGCUGGUUCGCCGCCUUCUACCUCUUUGUGUGCUUCCUGGUCUUCCCGCUGACCGUCUUCGGCCUGUCGGUGGCGGGCUGGCAGGUCCUGGUGGGCGUCGGCGUGCCAUUGGUCGCCCUGGCGGUCUUCGUGGUCGUCGUCAACGUGAUGCAGUCCCACUGCGUCCGCUUCCUGCCCCACUGCCUCCGCAGCUGGGACUUCCUGCCGCGGCCCAUGCGCUCCCUGGCGCCGUGGGAUGCCGUGGUGACCUCCGCCUUCGGCUUCUGCGGCAAACACUGCUGCUGCUGCUGCAAGUGCUGCAAGUGCUGCAGGAAGAAGGAGGACGAGAAGGUGAUGAACCAGGGCAGGAAGAGUCUGGAGAUGUACGACAACCCCGCCAUGGCGAGGGACGAGGACUCGGCGGUCAGUGCGGCGCGGCUUUAACGCGGGGGCGUUUGAUCUGCGUCUCUGGGCGGCGCGAUGGCGUGUCAGCGACGCGGCUCUCAUGGUUCAUGCUGCAGAGCGCGUGUGGAACCUGCUGUUUCUGGGCAUGUGACGUUUUCAAUGUGUAGUUCUGCUAUGACUUAACUAUGGGUGGUUCACACACUCAUAACGUAUUUUUAUAUUUCUUAUGGUGCAUGAGAGAGGCCGUCUUAUAAAAGGUUAUAUUUACAAAAUAAUACAUUUUAAAUGUUCAAUGUAGCGUUGAAAACAUUUGUUAUCAUUCAGUAUUUAAGACUCUAUGCAAUAUUUGUAAAAUAAAGAAAUUACUAUUUUUAAAAUGCA